AUGAACCUCCUGGAAAAACUUGACUUGGUUGGAGCCCGCUGGAGCGCGUGGGAGAAACGCUUUGGCUUUUGUCGCGAGUUUGGGUGCUCCAAAAUUGAGACCCUGAGCUGCAGCUGGGACAAGUCUGGUACCCAUACCGGCUCUCCCCCUCCUCCCACUGGCUGUGAGUGCGUGCCUUUCACUGGCAGGCUCUCUCCACGUGUGGUCCAUACCCGGGCUGCCACUCUGAAAGGCAGCCGCUGUUCUGUCCACAUCUGUCCCGCAUUGGGAACACUGGAGCGCGCUCACGUGUGGCCUCCUGGCUCCGGACACGCGGCUGUAGCGUGCACUAGCGCUCGAGUGCUCCAGCUUAAAGGGCACGUCUUGUGGCACAUGGACCUUCGUUAA